GACGUAACGUCCGACGUUAAAAUACGUGUUUGGUGCAUAAUAGAAAGGAUAUCGUUUCAUCGAAAGUUUUCACUUAUCUUUUGUAACCGAAACUCUUUCAUUACCGUUACUCCUUUGGUUUUUCUUAACACGAUUACACGGAUCAAUAGGACACCGCUCUAAAUCAUAUCAGACUCUUGGCUUGAUUAAUAGACGUGUCUGUGUGCGUUGCACACUAACGCGAAUGAACUGUGCGUCUCGUUGUAAAGUUAACAGACUUUUUGGUCUUUUAAAGAUACGCGAGAUGAUCCGAUGGUAAACAUCAAUAUUGAAUGCGAGUAUCAUCGUAUCUUUGAUCGAUAAUACAACGGUUUAAUUGAAAAGACACACGCGUAACUGCAUCGUUAUAGGAAUUACGAUAUUGUUGCUGCAUCAUGCUGAACGUCAGCCUAGAUGAAUCUAUCUUUUGGCCUAUCGUUCGUCGCGUCUAGCAUGCAUAAAAGAUGUUACAAAAGAGCGAACGUUCCUCUUUACCUUAGCCUAAUAGAUAUCGCAGAUUUUCGAUUCGUUGAGUCUGAACGAGUGAGUAAACUUAAGAAAGAAGUAUUAUCGUUUAAGUCGUUGAUUUUUUCCUUCGCAUCGGCACCCUGUACACGCGUUUCCUCGGUUCGUUUACCAGCCCCGUUCGUUUUCGUUUCGAAGAAUCGUGGCAUCAACGGAACUAUCUUACUUUCUUUAAAAAAUUAUAGAUUUUUACUGUAACAAAAAGACAGAGAAACGCGAAGAUUUAAUUAUUCUCGGACUGGUAACGCGUCGAUCGUGAAUGUGUUACGGGGAGAGUUGCGACGGAAAUCGCGAUUCAACUUAAAGGAAAUAAGCGAAAGGUAGCUGUGCUUAGUCGAGAUGCUACUCUCCCCAAUUGUUGAAUUUAAUAGACACUUUGAUCAUCCCGCAUCGGUACGAAAUACCUUCGUAAACAUUCGUAAACGCUCGUUUAAGGAUUAACACUUAGGAUAAUGGGAUUUAACGGACACGAAACGAGGAGAUGAGCGUUAAAAUCCUACAAAUUAUAAGACUUAAGAUGAAAAUGUUAAAAUGAGAAAAACACCAGUUAGAACGCCAUAACGGAGAAUAAGAAUAAUACUCAGUGACACUAUUAAGGGAAAAAUGCUGAUAAUAAGAAAAUAAAACAGAAAUAUAUAUAUUAUAUUAUAUUAUAUUAUAUAUAUAUGAAUAAUUUUAACGUCUUUAAUGUCAGUGGGAGCACUGAUCAACUUUUAAAAUUAUCUUGGCCUGCUCGUCGAACAGCGAAUUCUUUGGAACGAGAUUCUUCCGCAUUUAUUAUAUCCCCUUCGCGUUUACUUUCCUCUUAAUUCAAUUAAGUUUCUCAAUUGUCUUUGUGAUGUUGCUCGUUCCGAACGAUUCGCUCGGUCAUGAAAAAUAAACAGAAGAGAAGCCUCGGCAGAUAAUAAUUAUAGAGAUAGAUGUAUAACUAUCGUUAAUGUUUUUAAACUUUAUUCAGAAUGAAUCGUAACGUGAUUUUUGGGGGCAGCAGAGGCCGAAUUGUAAACGAAAAGACAAAGGAGAGGUGUAAAACGAUGACGUUUAUGAUAAAACGGUAACACUAGUAGAACAUUUGUAAAAAUAAUGAGAGCUUCGAUCAUAUUCGAAAAAUGAUACAACAGUAUUCUCGAAACGAAGAAGUAAAGUCGGGAACUACCAGUUUCCAAAUUCUAAUCGAUACGUAAUCGAAAUUAGAAAUACGUAAUAUGUUAUAAAAGACACGGAAGUUUUCAUUAUUUUUCCGUCUAUAGGAUGCAAUGAAUUCUCGUUUGAUCAAUGAUUCUCUAUCGUGGGAACAGUGCAAAACGAUCUGUAAAUUAUUGUUGAAGAAAAAUUAAGAAAUUGUUCGCACCCCGUUGAGUCUGAACGAUGGCAAACGAUGAAGGUGGACCUUCGGUACCUUUUCUUUUCUUUUUCUUUUUUUUUUUUUUUCGUGUAUGGAUCUGCAUUACAAGAAAUUGCAUAUUUUAUUCGAACGUAGAACACCGCGAUUCGUAACUUCGCCAAUAAGUUUCAGAAUCGGUUUCGAUCAAUUAAGCGAUACGUUUGUUACCAGAAGAAAAUUAAUACCGCCUGCGUGUAUUAUCCAGGCGUACGCUUGGCUGGCUUUGGAAUUUUCAGUUUGGCAUGCGAUUAAACACGUGAAAUACCGAGCAAGUAUUAAAUUAUAGUAAGUAGAUUCUAGCCGAAGGUCGCAUCGAUUGGCAGAGACGGCUGUAAGAUUUUCACGACUUUUUGUGAUGGUAUUAUUCUAUUAAUCGAUGAAGUAAUUACAUAAUUAGUCCUGAUGCGACGCCAAGUGUCUGUCGGAACAGGUACGAGUGGAUUGUAAUAUUUUUUGGCGAAGUUAUUAUCGUUGUUACGUUAAGUAGAAGAUACUAAUUAGAGCGAGUUAAUAAGAGACAAAAAGAAAAAAAAAAAAAAAAAAUACGUCCAAGUUGUGUCGCUCUGAUGCGCCAGUUUAUAACGUGUUUCAAAGGGUGCAUUCCGAGAGAAUGAAAAAUUUUUGUUCGAUACUGAAAGAAAAUUUUAUCGAUAUUUGUUAUCGCGCGUGUAUUUAUUUAUAUUCUAUCAUAUUGUGAUUUCUAAUUGUAUUGCGCUCAAGAUCCAUCGAGAUUAACUCUUAACGAUGCGUUAAUACACAAAUAUUUAUAUUGUCGUCCAAUAGUAUUUUUUCUAUGAAAAGAGAAGAUGAGUUUACGUUUAUUUUAAUCUAAGAAAACUGUUUGAUCGCAUAGGAGAACAGGCUCGAUUAAUUAUUAAUUACUUCAUUAAUUAGGCGCGUUAACAAGUCGAUCGAAUUUAGAUAGUAUAAUUUAAUUAUUGUUACAGUAAGACCAUAUCAUUACAAGUUAACUCCUCUCCCUUUAGACGUUAAUUAAAACUAUUAUGUAUAAUCGUAGCCCGUAAAUAACAAAUGCUCCAAUUUAUCUUGUAAUAUCAGUUGAUGAUUUUUCCUGUAAAACUGGUAUACCGGAUUAGCGAAUGGUAUUGUUCGAUUUCUUUUUCGAAUCAUUAAAAAGUCGGGGAAAAUAAAAGAAAGAUGCAGAGGACAUAGCAGAACGGUUUCUUUCUAUCCGAAUCCGAAGCCUGAUAAAAUAGAACAUUUUUCUUUUUUUUCUAUUUUUUUCUUUCUGCACCGAUGCACGCGACUCGAUAGACUAUCAAAUCAGUCGAUGCGCGAUGUAUUAUUUCUUCCCUGUUAUUUUACAAGAUUUCGUGUCGCGUUUGGUACACAAUGUCGCUUAUGUAAUAAAUUUGUCCCGUGAUUUUGCGCAUUGUACACAUAACGAGUCAUCCGCGUCGAUAUGCUUCGAUGUAUUCAAAUGAAACUGUAUCACCGGACGAGUAAUGUUUUUUUUUUUUUUUUGUUCUUCGAUUUACGAAACAUGUUCGAAGCGAUCUCGAGUACUCCCGAACCUGCUGACCCGUUUGAAGAACUGACGAGAUGGAAAGCGAAUCGGAGGAGGUUCGAAGAUUCUUCUUGGACGAAAACGAACCUUCUUCCUCAAGAUCGUGAACCGUACUGAUAGCAUCCGUUUGUAGACGAUCGGCAUCGUGGCAAACACGCUUGCUCACGCGCUCCGAUUUGGUCACUCGCGGGAUUUAUCGAUAUCGUUCGCCUCCGUGGGCGGAAAGAGGGACAUAUCUUGUAAGUACGUAUACAAGUAUGCGGUCUCCGUUGUCGUUGUACGAGUGAAUUGGCGUGCAAAUCUGUCAGUGUAUGGGUGUAUGUGUAUGUGUGCCCGUGCGGGAGCGUGCGAACGCGUUACCGAUACAUUGAACGCGGUCUCAGAAGAUAUCGCUAAGUGGUUGCCGAUAUAAGGAACGGAAGAUCAGUCUAAAACCACCUGUCUUCGAAGGUGGAGGUUCUCUCUCGGUUAAUCUGAUCCGUGUGAUCGGAACGGAUUUCAUCGGGAUCCAGGAAAUCGGCUGGGAAUCAACGCCUCCAACGAUCCACGGGCCGCUAUGGAGAGAUUCAAGAGGAAACGGAAGAGGACCGACAGUCAAAAGAAAGUAUUGCUCUCCAUCGUCGAUCCCUGGGACGUCAGAGUAGCCAGUGUCGAUCCGAUCGGCUUGGCCGAGAGACGAGGCGUUUCAUUGUCGAUCUUGCCAUCGCAAUCGAACGGAAACACGGUAAAGGAAACUCUGUAUCCAGGUAGAAUCGUCAGGAUACCGUCACCUUGGUACAAACCGACCUACAGCAACGUGUUGGAUACUUCGUCCAUCGUUGGAACCGUUAAAUCGAGCUCCUCCGAGGCUACCUGGCUGGAUCCUUGGCAAAGUGCCAACAGGUCAGCGAACGAGAUACGAUCCAGUUCACCGGAAGUAGAAGAAAGGUUGAGGAGAAAGGCAGAUCGAAAGGAAGAAAAGAACUCGAGAAGAAACUGUGCCCUCCGGAACGAGCAGACUAUUUCGGAUGGCAAUGGAUUAAUCGCCGCGACACCGGAAGUCGCGCGUAAUAAUUUCGAUCACGAGCACAGUGCUGGCACAGCCAGAGUGCGUUUCGAGAACGAAGAUCGGCCUAGGAGUUCCACUUGGGCAUCAACGUACGACGAAACAGAUCACGCGAAGGAGAAGAAUCAUUUGUACCCGACGAAAACGAUCCAAAUACCAAGCGCGAAUUACUUUGAAAACGGUAAUUCGAGGAGGAGGAAGACGAGGAUCGACGACGAGGAAGAUAUCGAGAAGAAAAGGUACAAGAUAACAGAAGACCCGGAUACCCUUAACCGUGGAGGAUCCUUCGAGGAGAAGGAAUUGGUGAACGUCGUGCAAAACUUGGUGACGUCAAGAUACAGCCCCGUUCUCAGCUGCGCCCAAAGGAGAUUAAGCAGAAGAACGCUAUGCCGUCGAUGCAAAUAUCGCGAAGAAACGAUCACAACGCCUCGAACGUGGCGGAACGUAAUGGAAGCGUACCUGUUCCGGAGACAAAGAAAAUUAAGGAAAUCAAGAACGGAACGAAGGAAACGAGCCUCUGUGGAUCGCAGUUACGAAGAACGAGUAUCUCGAUGCCUACGAAUCUCGACGAAAUGGAGGCACUUCGAAUCGACAGACCAAAGAGUACCGUUGCAAGCUCCACCUCGAAGAAAAAGCAGAGCCAUUUCACCGAUGAUCAAUCAAAAGCUUGGGAACGAUCCGAUGGAGUUGACCGGUGGCCAGAGCGCAAAUUCCACGAUAACCAGCGUUAAUAGCAUCAGCAGCCUGCUGAAGGAGAAGCUCCAGCUGUCCAUACCUCAAGCUUUGCGUAGCAGCAAAAAGAGGCAAAACGCUGACUAUCGGCUUCGAGCUUUCGUUGGAAUACUCUUUCUCUGCGUCGUUUUCCUCGUGGGCUUCGCGCACAUUUAUUACACGCAACACGUUCUUCAACGAGCUUAUUUCGACAAGUUCAGAUUCAACAAAAACGUCAGGGUGAUGCACGUGUACAGCAACACCGGAGCGGAAGUGAUCGCAGCGCGAUUAGGCGAAGGAAUACCAGCCGACACCGGUGUUUUUCCCUGUUUACCUCAUCACCAGAUGCAGGACUCGGUUUGCCUGGAAUGGCUUCAACAAGCUCGUUUGUAUCUAGCUCAUACGCAACACUCGGACAUGAAUUGUUAUCACGUCACUUGGAAGAGCCUGAAUUCUUACCAUAAUCCGAAAGAUUGCUUCGAUUGGUCACCGAAGAGAGGACACUGGUACGGCGCGGGUCAAAUACAGAACAUGCCUUAUCCACUGGAACGUGGCCGGCUCGAUUUGAGCCCUUUUAUCACCGGUGACAUCAUCAAGCAUCCUUUUGGCAACGUUUUGAAGAGAUACUUCUUGAAUUCGAAAGGGGCGACGAUACUCGUCGACCCGGAAACGCCUCUUUACGUGUCCAUCAACGCCAACAGAAGCAACGACUUUUGUUUGCAGGCCAAACACGACGCGUUCGCCUACAUCAAUCACUUGACGCAAUUGCCACAGUUGAAUUAUACUAUUUGCGCGACGGACAACAUGAAAAACUUACACUCCUCCAUGGCGGAGAAGUCGUUGUGGGACGGACUGAAGCCGGACGAGCUUCACGCCGUUCACUCGUUACUCUCCGAACCGGUCUGGCAAAUUUCACCCAUCAACGAGGGGGCUGUUUAUAAUUAUACCGAGGAUGUGAUAGCGUUGGGCUUCUUGCGACAAGGCCACGUUCUGUUGAGCGAAGAGUGGCAACCGAAUCCCGGUGAUUUCGUGCUGGACGAGGAACGAUUCCCCUCGAUGGAGGAAACGAUCAACAUCAUUCAUCGUCGAGGGUUUAGAAUCGUGUUCACAAUCCAGCCGUUCAUAUCCACGGAGUCUGUGAACUUUAAGGACGCGGUUUCGAACAGGCUGUUGAUUUCUGAGAGAGGAAGCGAUCCCAGGAUCCCUGCAUUGACCAGAUACAAACAGAGCAACAGCGUCGGCGUUCUAGACAUCACCAACAACAAAACUUUGCCUUGGUUUCAGUCGAAAUUGGAGAGUUUGAUCAUGAAGUACCACGUGGAUUCGUUCUACCUUGAUCUGGGUACCGCGCAAGACAUGCCCCACUAUUACAAGUGCGAACAACCGUUGACUAAUCCUGAUCAUUACAAGACGAUAUUCACAAAAACGAUUCUCGGGUCUGUGCCAGUGAUCGGUGUCUCAGGAGCGAUCUCCAGACCGAGAGCCCCAGUCUUCGUGUCUCUUCCUCCGUUCUCAUCGUCUUGGAAAGCUAUCAAAACCGUUAUUCCAACCGUGUUGACUUACGGAAUGAUAGGCUAUCCGUUUAUUAUGCCAGGUGCCGUUGGCGGAGACGUAGCGUUGCCCAUGUCGGACAACAAUCCCGACAACGAUUUCGAAGUGAGCCUACCGGACAAGGAAUUGUACGUCAGAUGGCUGCAGUUAUCCACCUUCCUACCGGUGAUACGUUUCACUCAUCUACCCAGCAAGUAUUCGGACGAGUCUGUGUUAGAGAUAGCCAAGAGGCUGACAACCCUCAGGCAGAAAACUGUGACGCCGUUGUUGAAGAAAUACGCGAAGGAAACGCUGGACACCGGUCUGCCGAUAAUCAGACCACUUUGGAUGCUGGAUCCAGCCGAUCCAGCCUGCCACGUGGUCGUGGAUGAAUUCUCGGUUGGCGAAGAGCUUAUCGUAGCGCCGGUACUCUAUUCUGGGAGCAGACAGAGAGAGGUUUAUCUACCAGCUGGUGUAUGGAGAGACGGGAUCGAUGGGAGUCUGAGGAAAGGAUCCAGAUGGAUCCACAAUUACAGAGUAGCGGAAGACAAGGUCGCUUAUUUCGUGAAAAUGCCGGAUAACACGAGAUUUUAAUCGUCGACCUAAGAAUAUUUUAUACAAAACACUUAUUCGUGAAAACGUAAAUUGAUAGGAGUUACUAUUCCUAUUUUAUAAUAAAUAACUUGAUUUUAAUAAUAGAGACACCGAUUUAGAGAAAUAAAUAUUUCCAUGUGCGACACACAGGUUUUUUAAAUAGAACAAAAUCGCGUCCAUCAAACUGCAAAUAUUCCAACGCUCCGAGAGUUAGUAUUUAUUCGUUUGUAUUAGAAAAAUAUAUAUUUAUUUUAUUCUA